AACAGGAAGUUCUGCUGCAGGAGGAUGUGGAACUGAUUGAGUUCCUUGACCCCAGUAUCCUGUCUGCAGGGCAGUGUAAGCAACAGGAAAACAGACAGCUUCCAACGCUACGCUCCCUAGCAACUCCUAAUAUUUGGUAUUGUACAGAGAAUAUGUACCACCAUAUUCACUGAGAAACAAGCAAUAAAUAUAUUGUGUGUUUUUUAUAUAAAAUGCAGCAACAAAGUAACUACUUUUUUUUUUCUCAGGUCAUUGAGUCUUUGGUACACUACUCCCCAGAUUUUUGUAUACGCAUGUUUUUUUCCUAAAGUGUUUUGUUGAAAGAGUCAGUUUUAAUCUGAGAUAGCUACAUGAACCCUAAUAUGUACUCUGGGGAAGAACUAACAUGGUUGAUUAAUUCUUGAGUUUCUAAAGCUAUACAAUGGUGAUUUUGAUAAAUGAGACAUGAUUGUGAAGACUGAAUUGAAAAGUGUCUACUUUGCUGUGGUCUUCAUAAAUAUGUCGGGGAGGUGUGUGCAGUUAAUUUUCAGAUGUAGAAUACCAGAAGAACAGACUUAAAGCAUUUUUAAAGAUGCAUUCAAGCCAGCAGAGGCUGGUGAAAUUCACCCUGGAAAACUGAAGGAGCUAGCUGCUGCAGCAGCGUCAGAACAGCUACCACCUGUAUUUGAAAACCAGCAAGGACAGUGGGUGUUCUGACAGGGGGUCUUGCUCAGAAAUGGACAGGAAUCAGUAAAUAAAAAUACCUCAUAACACAGCCCAGUGUUAUGUUUUUAUGCUAUGUUAGGAAAAUGGAUAAAAUUAUUAUAAAGCCACAGCAUGUUAAAACCCCAACUGUUUAAGUUGUAAUAUGUCAUUAUUGAUUCUGUCAAACAAGAGAACUUCUGAAACAGAUUUUUCCAGUGCUUUGUCUUGGUCCUAGCACUAUUUAUUGUUUCUUUAACCGUUCAGAUGAUAAAGUACACUUACAGAAUUUGUGACUAUUGCUCAGCUUCCAGACAACACCAAGUUUGUAAAUGUUUUGGCAGAAUGGAAUUCAAAAGGAGCUUUGAGAAAUAUCUUGAAAUCAGUAGAAAAGUCAAUAGACAAAAGUCUAAUGCUUUUGGGAAGGAAAAAUCAAAUGAACAAACAGGUGGUUAAUAAUUGGGUAGGCAGUACUACUUCAGAAAAGGAUCUGCACAUGGUUGCAGAGUAUAAAUUCAAUGCUUCAGCAAAUUAUUGAAAAAAUGGCAAAUCUCAUCCUGGUGUCCUUAUUAAAUGCAGCACGCAGGGGGUUACUUUUCUGUCUGUUUCCCUAAGCCUUGUGUUAGACUACAGCAUUUGGUUUUGGAUGCCACGCUCGGAGAGGCAUAGGCAAUUUAGAGACAGGCCAGAGCAGAACAAGAAGAAUAACGAGUUUAAAAAAUAGAGUCUUUUGGAAACGUUAAAGUAUGCUAGGAUUGUUUGGCCAAAAUGGACAAAAUUGAAGUGAGUAAAGCAGUGUUACAAUGCGUAGAAGGUAGCUAAUAGGAAGUGGUGAUCAGUCGUCAUUUAUCCUGUUCAGAAAAGGGAACGAUGUGAGGAAAAAUCAUGCAAUUAAUUUGCCAGUGAUUCUGACUUUACUUGGGGGAAAUCUUUUGAACUCUAAGGAUAUUUAUGAGUUGCAGUAGCAGUAGCUUCCUGGGUGGGUUGUGGAGUUUGAAUUUUCUUCUUCAGUCUGUCUGUGAUGAUCUGGAUUAACCAGAAACCGAAAAUGGACAAAAUGAGCUUUUAAAUCUCUUUGAGUCUUUCAUUGUUGUGUUUCAUUUUCUAUGUGUGUGAUUUUAUUUUCGAUGUACCAAGCAAGUUGUAGACUAUGUGUCUCUCCUUUUUAAAGUUAAUUACAUAUCUGGAAUAUUUUAACCCUGGACCUUUAAUGAAAGCUAUCAGUAGCCCUGAAGAAUUAACGCUUGUAAACUGUGUUGAAAUAUGACUACAAAACUGUCCAGAAAAUAGAAAUCCAGAAUCAUGCCUUACUUUAGAAAUGGGAAAAUAGUCCUUGUGAAUACUUCCAAAACUAAAUACAGGAUAUGCAGGGAUGUCUCGCUGCUUCUUGCCUUUGUAAGUGCACUGUUUAUGCUUCCCUCAUGGUGGAAGGAAUCAUCGUGGCUGCUAUGGGGACUAGUUCUGCUUGUCUAUGCAGUCUUUCGAGUGUGGGGCACAUGGAGGACAGCCAAGCUGCAAAUGUCCCUGCGAAAAUACUGUAUCCAGCUGGAAGAAACAGUGGCAAAUAGCAGAGCUUUUACUAAUCUCGUGAGGAAAUCUCUACGACUCAUUCAAGAGACUGAAGUAAUUUCCAGAGGAUUUACCCUUUUGCUUGACAGGGUCAGUGCCGCUUGCCCAUUUAAUAAAGCUGGACAGCAUCCUAGUCAGCAUCUUAUUGGUCUCCGGAAAGCCGUUUAUCGCUCUGUCAGAGCCAACUUCCGAGCUUCAAGACUGGCUACUCUGUACAUGCUGAAAAACUACCCUCUGAACUCGGAGAGUGACAACGUGACCAGCUACAUCUGCGUAGUCCCCUUUAAGGAGCUGGGUCUUGGGCUGAGCGAAGAGCAGGUCUCUGAAGAGGAGGCACACAAUCUAACUGAUGGCUUCAGCUUGCCUGCACUCAAGGUCCUCUUUCAGCUCUGGGUAGGGCAGAGUUCAGAAUUCUUCCGGAGGCUGGUGCUGCUCCUCUCCCCAGCCAACGCAUCCCCCAAGCCCUUGGUCUCCCCUGAACGGCUGCCUCAUCAUAUUUUGUCUGAUGUGACUCAAGGCCUACCUCAUACACAUGCUGCCUGCUUGGAGGAGCUCAAGCGAAGCUAUGAGUUUUAUCGGUACUUUGAAACUCAGCAUCAGUCGGGGUUCGAAUGGCCAACCAGAACAAAGCAAAAUUCAAGAGAGCUGAACAGUCUUCAGACAGCAGUACGGAGCUUGCAGCUUCAUCUCAAGGCACUGCUCAAUGAGGUAAUAAUUCUUGAGGAUGAACUUGAAAAACUUGUUAGCACUAAGGAGACACCUGAGUUGACAACAAAAGCCCAUCAGGUUCUGGAACAGAAACUGAAGUUCAUUCAGCCUCAUAUGCAGGCAAGCAACAGCUGCUGGGAAGAAGCCAUUUCUCAGGUGGAAAAAAUGAGCGGAAGAAACCCAAAUAAAAAAGGCAAACCUGAAGUUUCCUGUGACAGCCUACAGCGUACUUCAGUACCUUUAACACAGCCUGCCAUAUACAUAGAAAACAAAGAUCCAAUCCCUGAAGAGCAGGAAUUGGAAGCAUAUGUUGAUUAUUCAGAUACAGAGAAUGAAUACAGAAGAGAAGAUUUUUACUGCUUUUCCCAGGAAGAAAGAGAGAGACAAGAACGAGAGAGACAGGAAUCUAAGAGGGUGUUACAAGAAUUGAAAUCUGUGCUGGGAUUUAAAGCUUCAGAAAUAGAAAGACAGAAAUGGAAACAGCUGCUAUUCAGUGACCAUGCUGCAGUGAAACCCUUGUCUCCUGUAGAGCCGCUGAAGCUACUAAAUAAUUUGGCAUCACAUAUGAAUUCAGAUACAGAAAAGCAGGACUGCAGCCAAAGUUGUGAUAAAUCUGAAGAAAAAGACUCUAAUCCAGAAGAGAAUGCUGCUGAUAAAAGCAGGACAGAAUAUUUGUAUGAAGAUCCUGAGAUGGAGCGAAAAAAAGACAGUACUGCUGAUGAAGGUAUUUCUACAGGGGCUGAAGAAAGAAUGUGUUAUCAGCAUGAAGGAGAAGUUGAAGAACUCAAGCAGAGCAAUACGGAUGGAGUAGAGGUUUCACAGUCUCCCUCUGAGGAUGCAUUGCAUUCAAAAAUCAAGCAUAGGCUGGCCCAGCUCCACAUAUCAACAGAUUUAAACUUCACAUCUGGUCUGGCUGCACAAGUUGCUGCCAGGUCUUUCACUUUUACUACAAUGCAAGAAGAGACUUUUGGAGAUGAGGAGGAGGAGGAGGAAGAGAAGACACAGGAGUGUGAAGACCUGGUAGAGGACUGUAAGAAUGAAGAUAGAGGCUCUGAAAGUGAAGGCAAAGUGUAAGUCUGAGCUGAACUUUGUUAAACAACAUCAGGCAAUUUGAUGGAAAAGACUAAGGUGGGAUUUUGAAGAUGAAAAUACCAGAUGGAAAAAAAAGGAGACCUAAAUAUAAUACAUCUUGUUCCCUAAGUCUGAUACACUACAUAGGACACUUCUAAGUAUAUUGAAUAUCUGAAGGUAAGAGAAGUUUAGGCUGCAUCUGAAAAAUAGUUGGCUGUUCCCUUUUUUAAGAUCCUAGUGGAGGUUUUGGCAUUUACUUUUGUGUUUUCUGUUUUAUUUAUUUAUAUUAUAAUGUAUUGUGGGGUUUUGUUUCUGAAAAGAAAGAAAAACAAUGUAUUGAAUUACAUCAGACUCCGUGUUUUUUUGGCCUCUGGUUCUGUUGUUGUGGUAUCAAUGUUUGCUCCUACAGAAAAGCCAGGACAUUUCUAUUGGAAGAAUCUGAACUGUUCCCUGUGAUCUCCCACCACCACUUUUGUUUCACUUCUUGUGUCUGCAGUGCGUUGGCUAAGCCACUGUAGGCGUUUGUGAUUCUGUGGCUAGUGAUGUGGCUCCCAACGAAAAUGUAGAAUUUUAAAUAAAAUCUUGAAAGAGCUAGUAUUGAUGUGUCCUGGGGUAUGGGGCUGGAAUAGUGUAGUCAUGCUUCGUAUUAAAGUUUACUUAGAAUUUUAUGAAGGGUUAAUAAAUAAUUUCUGCGAGUUGUAAUUCAUGUUAGAGAAAUGUGUAGUAUGUGUUAGGGAGGGCUGAAAGCACACCAGUAGAAAGUACUAUAGACAGCUAGAAGCUAUCUGUUGGACUGAUAAUAGAUGAUAAGUAAAUACCUAUUUAUUAAAACCGCUACUAAUUAUUUGUUAACCUUUUGUAAACUGAACCUUAAUAUAAUUGUUUCAUUUGAUGUAAUGAUUGAGUGUACAUUUUUGUUUAUGUCCUGAAGUAAUUUCCUUACAGCAAAAUUAUCUGAGUGCUUAACAGUAUUUUGUUUAAACAGCAUACUUGGUUUUCUUUAUUGUUCUGUCAUUUUCCUUUAGAUCACAACUGUAACCUGUGUGAUCAAGAAUCCAUGAAAGAACAAGAAAUGUGUAUUUUUUAAGGUGUCUCUUGUAACUUAGUUGACACUGAAUCCGGACGUUCGGUGUUACGUGGGUUGGUUUCUUCCCUGUGGUGGUGUUAUGAGGAGUAGUAAACCAGUGCUUACCCCACAGAGAAGCUGGUUAAUGGUUUCACUGCCUUCUCUUCCUUUCGCCUCCGACACAAGAUGAAGCAAAGGUCUCACGUCUCAAAUGGCGAGAGAGCCGCCUCUUUGCAUGGAAUACUCUGCUUGGACCUGGAUACGUUCCCAGUCACAAAGCACCUCAUCAGUUCCUUAGGAAAUUUAUUGUCUCUUGCUGAUUCUGUAGAACAAAGGGGGGGUUAGAUGCAAGUGGUUCUGAGCAAUAUCUUUUCCUAGGGUGGGAAGUGGGGAAGCUAAUGAAGGUCAGCAGGUCAGGGUGGAAAUCUUGACUGUAUGUCAGAAAACAAGUGCUUUCUUUCAACCUCCCUCUCUUUUAGUAGUGAUUUUAUAUGAACACUGUUAAAUAUGUGGAUUUUUUCACAGACUAAUGUGGUAAAUAUCAAAUGAUAGAGAAGGGAGUAUGUGACUUACACUCUUCUUUAACUGUAUAAUGCCUGUCUUCUCCCUCACACACAGAUUUGGGGAAGAAAAUGUUUUGCCAUUCUUCAUUAACGAGUAACACUGUGUUUGUGCCCUUAGUUUUGUGUGACUGCAAGCUGAAUGGAUGAUGUCUUCAGGAACUUGUAAAAGAAACAAAAAGGGUGUUUCUCAUAGUGUAUUCAGACGCUAAGCCUCCUCUUAGUAGUAUAUUCUUCUGUAACCUGAAAAGGUUAGGCUAAGAUGAUAAAACUGUUUUAUUUUCUCCGUGGUAAGCAAUUUUUUUUUUCUCAAGUCUAGAACAACUGCUUUGGAUAAAUUGUGUUUGAAGCAUUGUCCAUGCUUCUGAAAAAAGAAGUCUUCCUCAUCCUGGACUUGAGAUUCUUGAGUUCACAAAGUGCCCAGAUAUUUUUUGUUCCUAGUUAAUCGUUCUGACUGCCUAAAUGUAUGUUCCAUUAAUAUUUUUGUAUGAACUCAUCUACCAGCAUCUCAUGAUCUGAUAUUGUAUGUCACAGAAAUGAUACUCCUGAACAUUGCCCAUGGGAUCCAAAUUUUAGUUUACAAUGUGUAUGGCUAUGAUAGCAACCUGGAAAAAUGAUCAGAUUUAGGAAACGAAUUAUCUGUCCCCAUUGUUCUGGAUUAAGUGAGUAGCAGCCUGAGUGCUUUUCAUUGCUGCUAAAAUAAGUUCCAGAUCUCACAUUUAUAAAGGUUGCCACCUCUUUACUCCUUUGCUGCAGUCCUUUGCAAAAGUUUGGUGGCUAACUUGGGACCUAGUUUUAUGGUACACAGGUCAUGGUAAUGAAACUGGCCUAAGAAACCCCAUCCAUCAUUCGCUGUUCAUUUCCUCUCAUCAGCUGGGUCAGCACAGGUUUUUGUGGCUAUGUUGUCAACCAGCUCAUGAGUGCACUUGGGGUCAAAACCCCACUCUUUUUAGGGACUGCUGCUCAUUGUUAGUAUUGUGGUGAUGCAGCUCACAGCGUUUAUCUCCCAGCAGCUGUAUCAGCCCAGAAUGGGUGUUGCUGAUGUGAGACUUAGGAUUGCUCAUUAUUGGCAAAGAUGGUGUAGUGGGAAAUUACAGCCUUGACAUUAGAAAUGGACAUGAGCAAAGGAUGACGUUUUAGAGCAAGUUCUGAUCCUAGUUUGAACAAAUAGAUUUUCUACAAGCGACUUAGCUGAUUUCCUAUGGUUUUACUUAAUGCAGUCUUAGAAGCUGCACAUACAAACACCUGGGCUCACUUGCUUUCUCUGCCUCUCAUCACAUCUAUAUAUAACAGCCAUCAGGUCAUUUGUUUUGAUUUAUUUAAUAUCCUCCCUUCAGAAAAACAUGGCUGACAGCGUACAGCACACAAAACACGGCCUCCCUUGAUUUGACAGCCAGGUGCCAUCUACAUAUAAAUAGUCUUUUAUAAUCAGAUUUCCUCAUAACUGUGUCAUUUGAAAGGACUGUGUGUAUGCACUGUAGAUUCCUUCAAGAACCUGACACAUUUCUUGGCAAUCAUAAUUUAUUGUUGCUCUUAAAAUAAUAUAUAUGAACACACUGAAGCGUGCGUUUAGCACUAAAGAGUUGUAUUAAUAUAUUGAGCAUGUCGAGGUCGGAGUGCUGUCUCCUGUAUUCUUUGGCUUGUUACCUUAAAAACAGAUUUUUGUAAAAGCAGAACAUUUACUUCUUAGAGCUUUUAACUUCUUGAAACGUUAAGCAGGAAAUCCAUACUAAAUAAUGGUUAUGCCAAAGACAAUCAGCAGCCAAAAUUCUUUGCGAAGAGCAGAGCUAACAAUAAAUGCAUUUUCUCUAUUCCAUUCCAGUUAGCAGCUCUGUGAAGUUGUAAAGAAGCAAGUAAUUACAGAGUCUUAAAUAAUUUCUUCUCCUGCUGUGCUACCUGGAAUGCACUGCAGUGAUGGCGUUUGCUUCUUAAGUUGGAUUGCAGUCUAGCACUACAUCUUUUACGUCACAACUUCACAGCUAAAGAUCUAGUAAAGGCUUAAAUGGGAGCAGAGAUCUGUGAGAAGAUUACUUGUCCCUUUUUUAACUGUAUGUCUUUGUGACACAAAUGAAACGGUGCAAAUUUUGAGAAUUACAGGUAAUGGAGCAUCUUUCAAACUGAAACAAAUGUGCCUCUGUCAGCUAAAAGCAAGAUUUACAAAUAUGAAGGCUUUUGCUUUUGGUUGCAAUAAAGAGAGAGUUUUACUCCUGACAGAGGAGUAAGCAUAGUUUUUUCUUUCUUUUCUUAAACAGGGAGUCAAGUAUACUAAACUGCCCUUGUUCUUUCAGGCGUUUAGUAAAGGGCUGCUCUUGUUCUGCAACUGGCUUGUUCCAGGGCUAAUUGCUCUUCACAAUUAACAGGGUUUUGUACUGUCUCAUCUGAAAAAGUGGGCAGUGUGAGAAAGGCACUUGGUCAGUGUAAAGGGUCAGGCUGCUCUGGGAUCUUGUUUGUGACAGGGUCUAAUAGCAAAUGCUAAGGGAAGAGUAUGAGAAAAGGGAGAUCCUGUAGUGAUGUUUCCCCAGGCUACUCCCUAACAAUUUGUGGCUUUGGGACUUGGUGAGCCAGUGGUGGUGGCUGUCAGCUGAACAGGUCCUGGUGGAAUUCUCUGCCAUAAAUUUGUCCAGUCUCAUGUUUGGUCAGUUAUUACUAGUCCCAAUGCCAGUAUGUGCUCAUCUUUAUUACAACCUUCUACAAACAAGAGGAUUUGUCAAUAAUAGUUUUUAACUUUCUAUUUUAAACUGAGCAAGCCCACUUCUUGCAGUCCUUCCACAGAGUUUUCCAUCUUUUGGUUGCUUUCCUUAGAAAUCUAUCCAGUUUUUGAAGUAUAAUGACCAAAGUGUGAUGCACUACUUCAGACAUAACCUCAGCAGUGCUGAGUAUAGAGUAAUAAUCACCUCCCAUAAAACACUGAACCAUUCAAAUAUAGUUGAGUCCAUACAGGGAAAAAAUCUUUCCAGAUCUUUUCCCCCUAGCUAGCAGGAUGACAAAUGAAAAUAUUUGGUCUUUCGGAGGAGAAAUAUUUAUUCACUGUCAGCAGGAUUUGGAUGGACAAUGUUUUUCUUUGCUAACAAAACACAAAAUUGUUAAAUCAAAAUGAUCUUCCAACAGCUGCCACCUGGUCUAACACAAACUAAAGAUGCCAAACAGCGCUUGUUUAAAUUUCAGCUUGACUUUUCAGAGCUGUUCUGGUCUCUGAUGAAUAAGCAUGUAUGACAAAAUAUAUUAUCACACAAGAAACAUGGUGGUGAAUAUAUGGGUGUCAGGUCAAACUGAAGGCUUCUGUGGCUAAUUUUUAAGAUGCUUGGAGGUGUGCUUUAUUCAUAUUCUCUUGACAGUUAAUUCCUUCACAUACGUGUUUUUACCACCCUGAAUUUUAAAUGCCAAAAAAUACACUUUGAUUUAUUUGACUUGGAAAUCUGUGCACUAAUCGGAUAAUUGGUAAUGGUACUGUAGCUGUGAUAAUAAGACAAGGCCAUAGGUAGGGGUGAAGUCUACCUACCAUGAACUGUGCUUUGUAGGCAGACAACAGUAUAGUUUGAGCUUUAGAUCGGUAUGUAACCAUUACUGAUAUUCUGCCUGACCUUUCAUAUUGCUCUCUCUUAUGUUAUUGGCAGAUUUGUCAGAAUAAAACUUGAUUCAACAACUUGAAUGCUCUAUUAGCCCACAUUACACUUCCUGAAUUGAACAUAGGAUUUGGAAAACGUGAUUAUAAUUUAGUAGAUGAGGAAAAGGAGUUUAUUUCUCUGCUUCAAAGUGGCUUAUUUUGAAAGGGUUGAAUAGGACCAAAACUUGAAUUCUUUCACAUGCUUCUUUCAGCAUACUUUGACCUGUAUACCUUCUCAGCUUUUAGUGUUAAAGGUCUCAUGAACAAUCUGCUUUAGGGAUGGAGUUCUGUAGGAGCUUAAACCAGUCCACUCUGCCGUGGCCCUGGCACAGCUGUGAGAUUUCAGUCCCUCCUUUAGGCUGGCUUUUGGAACCACUAAGUGAUUUAAGAUAUGGAUCUGGCUGAAAAUGCACCACUGCUUUAACUUUAAGCUGGCUCCCUCAACUAGUACCUCAUUUGGUUGAGGAAGUACUAUUAAUGUGUCAGGGGAGCAGGAGGGGAUACAUGCCUGGCUGAUAAGGAGGAAUGCCAUAGUGCAAAUUUAAAUCAGUCAUUUAAAUAAUUCAAAUUUCAAUUUGAAUUAAUGUUUACAUUAAUUAGUGUUACACCGUUACUGUCUGUACUGAAGUGAGAUAAACUCAACUCCAUAUUGUUGCUUCCUUCAUAUUUUCUGUUGCUUGAGGAUGACGCCACUCAUUAUUGUCCUCUCUCAUUUUGACUCCAUUUUUUUGUUCUUCAGGCCUAGGCAGCCCAAGACCUGCUGUAUCUUAUUCCACAGAGUCUCUACCAACUGUUUAUUAUACUGCCAGUAAAACUGGAAUUAUCAUGCGUGGUUUUUUUUGCUGACCGUUUUCAUCCUUCUGGUCCCUCCAACACUCAUCGUCCUCUCCCUUUACCAACACUCAGAAGAGAUUCUGAUUUUAAAAUAAUACACAAAGUCUUUUUGUGUGUGUGUGUGUAACACAGCUGGAUUCUUCUGGAUCUUCAGCAUUGCAAUGAUCUUAAGGUCCUUUCCAACCCUAACUAUUCUAUGAUUCUAUGACUAGAUCUAGAAAUGUAUACUGGCUUCCCCACUUGACUUGAGGACAGAAACAGAAGGCAGGCACCACAAAAUGAAUAUAAUAGUAUAUAGUGUCUCAAAUUUAUGCCACAUCUUUGGUGUAUAUUGGCUUUUAUAAGUCGUUCUGACUUACUGAAAAACACCAGUUGUGUUUUCGAAAGAAUGCAGUUCUAGUACAAUGUCCCCAAAUAAAUGUCAUUAGUUGGCUUGAAUUGUGCUCAAACAUUAAUAUUUAAAGACUGCUUCCUGACCUUCUCCAGCUGCAUGGAAGUGAACUGAAAAUCAUCUCAAAUUUCCAAGCAGAGUGACCAAUGCUGUCAUUACUUUGUGCUGUUAAAAAAAGGUCCAUUCCGAAAUAACAAGAAAAACUCAGUGCUUAGGAUCUUCUGGAGUCAUUACUAACAGAGAAUUGUGCGUUUGGUCUCAAUAGAAGCACCAUAAAUGAGUUUUCUUAUAAUGCUACUAAUAAAAAACCACUAUAAAUAUAUUACAGGAUAAAAGCCAGAAAUCUAUGAAUUGUCCUCCAGGUCUUUCAUCCAAAGCCACAGCUGGUCAGAUUUAAACAAGUUCAUGCUGUCUGUUCCUGCACUGCUCACUAUGACAUGCUCGCUUUGUACUCAUUUUUAAUGUCCUGCCAUGAGUGUUCACAGACAGUCUGUAUGCACCUGUGUGCUCAGGGUCUGCAAAGCUUAUAGAGAUCAUGGAACAAUGCUGAGUGAAACCUAUACAGAAGUGGGAUGGCUCACAAGCAUUUUGGGUCUCUGUCUUGCUCUGUUGCAGCAUCCAUGCCAUAUGCCAUCCCACUCAUAAACAUUUUCUUUCUCAGCUUUCCUGUUCGCAGGCCACACAGACCAGUUGUGGAGGGGUUUGAGUUAUUUGUUUAUCACCUAGGUACUAGCCUUUAAUACACCAGAUAAUGUGUCUCUAGUAGAGGCCUAGACAUCAGUGGCCACAGUGCAAAAGACAGGGCCCGAGCACACGGGCUGGAGAAGCCCUUCUGGUUUGAGCACUGUGGGGAGGGGUGUAUUGAUGUGAUUGACAAUGGGGGUGCUAAGCCAGGCUUGAUGACUAUGUGGGUAUCUUUCAAAGCUCCAGUUUUCGCUUGGUCAGUUCUUUCCACCGGUGGUCUCCCUCUUCCCCCUUAGCAGUGUUCAGUUCUUCUCUGCAUUCUGCUGCCAGAUCUUUAGGAACUUGGCCACUUUUCCCCUUCAUUUCUGAACAAGUUGUCAAAACUUUAUGAAAUGGCAGAGAUUAGAGAGAAUCCACACCAAGGCACUGCUGCGUGUUCCCAGUCACAAGCUCACGAACAGGAUUCUUAGGGCCGGUAGCUUGUCUGUCCCGAUUUUUCUUCCAGGGAGCUUUGACCUACAUUUCAACCUGGCCCUCCUAUUCCCUCCUGGACUUCAGAACAUUCACUUCCAGAAUGAUCAUAAUAUGGUAGUGUCUCCUCAAGGAGGCUGGUCCUUGAACACAUGUUCUGUUCCUCAUUACAGGAGCUUUACUUGUUCUUUCCCACAGGAAGGUGGCACAGUUAUGGCUGAGUCUGUGUUCCCCUAAACAGGCUUACUUCUUCCUGCAGUAGGGGGUGAAAACAUGCUCUCCAGCUGCUAUGCGAAUGUGUGUUGGCUCCAUAGCUGCCUAGCUUUGAGAACUGGGAGCUCUGGGAUCCAGCAGCAGUGCUUGAACCUUUCCCACUGUCAGAAAGCAUGUCAGAACACGGUUACUACUAAAUAUCCCCUGAAUUGAACCAUUUUGAGUUUUUAUUGAGCAGCAUUAAUGCAUUGUUUCUUAGUUUGAGGGGUUUGUGUGUUUAUAUAUGUACACACACUUCAUACUGUACAUGUGCAUUGCCAGGUAUCACAUUGAAAGGCUUGUCUAGCAAAGAGGUUGUCUUUUUUUCAUAUCAAACUUUCCAGUCACUUAGUAGAUAAACAAAAUCCUAAUUCUUGCUAUCUAAUGGCAAAAGAACUGAGUUCUGCCAAGCAGGCUGGGUGGAAGUAUUUAAAAUGCACGCUGUUUUUACACCCUUUUCACAUAAAUUUCACAUAGAAAAGCUAUUUAACCUUCUUUUCUCUUACCAAGGCUUUGCACCUGAGCUGCUGUGAGUGCCUGUGUGUCAGUCUGCCCUGUCUUAAACAUGUAAAGAAUCACAGAAUACUGGGUUAGAAAGGACCUCAAGGAUCAUCUGGUUCAACCUUUCUAGGCAAGCAUGACCUAGACUAGAUGUCUCAGCACCCUGUCCAGCUGGAUCUUAGAAGUGUCCAACAGUGGGGAGUCCAACACUUCCCUGGGGAAAUUAAUCCAAUGUCUGACUGUUCUCAUUGUCAGAAGUAACUUGUGCCCAUUACCCCUUGUCUUUUCCAUGUGACUGCUUGUAUAAAGUGAGUCUCCUGCUUCUUUGUAGCCACCCUUUAAAUACAUGUUCCUCAACAUUUCCUCCAUGUUAAGUCGUAGCAUUUCCCAAAACAGGGGCUAAAGGCAACAUAGAUUGCCAAGGAAACCACAGGGAAGGGAAAGAAAAGAAUCUUGAUAAGUUGCUGUUUAAUUGGUUAAUAAAUGAGAGCUAAAAUGUUAGAGGAAGUGUUCAAAAGAACAAACUGCAGCAAGAGCCUUCUGGGAGGGCUACAGAGGGAAAUCACAUGUGACUGAAGUUUGCAGACACUGGGAAGGAUCCACAAUUUCUCUUCAGUGUGAGGUGGAGACAGGAAACCUUCACCAGACUGGUAGUCUUCAGCAGCUCUUUAAAAAAGCCUCUAUUUUAUCUACAUUUCGUUUCCACAGAAAGACUCAGUCCUGUGCUGGGUUGCACGCUGUACGUAAGCCGAUCCCUGUAUUGCUUCCCUUCAGCUGCACUUCACACCCAUGUAGUUUGGCUCCACUGGGAGCCUUCACUGCACCUACCUUGCCAAGUGCUGAUGCUGCUUUAAACACAGCUGAUGAGAUCCACCUCAGCAGGUUUAGAUCAGCAGAUCUUUAAAGCAGGCAUGGAGCCUGGUGGCUGGCUGUGCUAAGGCUCCAAGGACUCAGGUUCUGGGUUGCAUGCAGGCAGUGGCAGGAAGAUAUUCCUGAGUUCUGCCCUUUCUCUGUGACAGGGUUUCUUGCCUGGGAUAUUUUCCCAAACCCUUUUGUUUCUCUUUUUCUUUCUUUCCCACUUUACUUCUUUCCCUUUUUCCCAUGGUUAUCAAUCAGGACCUAAGGACUUUUUUUACAUAUUUGGUGAUGUGCAUAACCAGGAUUAUUUUUAAGCCAUUUAUUUAAGUGUUUGGCUGGGUUUCCCCCAUUUUAGAAGUAGUUUUCUCAAUCGUCAUGUUAAUCACUUCAGUGUCCUUUUGGCUGCUAUUAUUUCUUCAGCAUCUGUAGUAAAAUUCUGCCUCACUACUGCAUGUAUCACUUUUUAUCCUGUAUCCCUGACAGCUGCCUAGGUGGUGUGGAUGUGGCUUAUCCAUACUUCAAUUAGUAAUGAUUGAAUGGAACAAGGAAUGCUUUUACAGGGGUACAUACAUGCUGUAUCAGCACUUUGUUUGAUCUUUUAUAGAGAAGUUUAUUUUAAUUCCUCUUUCAUCCCUUAGAUGAAAUUAAUUUUAAGCAAUCCUGGCAGUAGUUAGUUUCUGCAGCAUAUUUUGCUGGCUCCUUAGUACAAGCACUUUAGUAAUGAACCGUGGUUACUUCGUCUAAAUAAGCAAUGACUGAAGAAAGAACAUCUUUCUGUGUGUCAGAUGCUUCCAGCUGCACCUUCCCAUCAUCUUUCAGAGACCCAUAUGCUGUGCAACCAUGUGGCAACUAUUAGUGAAGUCCCAUUUAGCAUCACAUAAAUGGCUAGGAAUUGGGGGCUUUAGGAAGAGGAGACUGGUAGUUAGGAACUGGGCUUAGGUGCUCUGCAGGAGAUGUCUUCAGCUUGUCUAGCUGUGUGACUCCUAAGAAACAGGCUUUGUAUGCUUUGGAAGUGCCAAAAUAGUGACAACAGUAGAGACUGGCUCCUUUCAUCUGAAGCUUUGUGGCUCCCUCAUAAUGCUCCCUUAUAACGCUUAGAUGUUACUAUUAGAACAAAGGCUGUGUUCUGCUGAUGUUAGGAGCUGUGGCUGAUGCACACCUCUUCCUGUAAACUUUCCCUGUAUUGGUUUUAAGGUUAAUAGUUAAUCGACCACUCUUCUCACUUAGGUAUGGCUCACUCUCACCUAUUCAUAUCCCCUGGGAGGAAAGCUUAGAGAUGACUGGGAAAGAAGGGAAAUAACAAUCUUGAAAGGCAAGGGGAAGCUUGGUGAGGCAGGAGUAUUUAUUCUUAUGUAUUGAAUCUUGCUGCCUAAUCAGUGCAUAAUUGGUUGUGCAGUACAAAAAGUCUUGCUUAUUCUUUGCUAUUUCUAGGUUGGUUUAUUUUUUUCAUAUGGAAUACUGAACAGUUCCAGUUGCUGCUGUUAGGAGAAGCCUGUCUACCAAGAGGGUCUGUAAUGUUUUCCUGUCUUGGAGAUGUUUUGAAUGCUAAAUUGCCUGUGUGUAUUCUUCAUAAUGUACCAUAUGAAAAUACUCUUCAGGAAUUGAUACUACCACUUCAGACAGUCAAUAUUUUCUAUGUAAGAACGUUAUGUUUCCUAUACUGCCAAGAAUGUAUAUAAAUAUCUAUGGAGACUUAAGAUUGUAUCUUUUUUGAGCAAGCCUGUUUCUUCAACCACCUAGAACUUUCUUCCUGUUUCUCAAGUUCUCUGCUAAUUUAUUAGACGUUUGUGUUAUAUUGUGUACUUUUUUGUAUCAGCUGUAUUGCUGUAUUUCUCCUUUCUCUCAUUAAAACCUGUUCUUCUCA